AUGUCUGAGCACGGUCUGGAUCGUUCACCCUCCCCAAGCGAGGACUCAACUUCGUAUUCCAUGAGCGACAUAUCAUGGACAGUCCGUCUCAUGGAGCUGCCGCCAGAACUCCAAGCCGAGGUGUUCCUUCAUCUACCGAACUGUAUGGCCGCAGUUGCACUCCGUCUCUGCUGUCGCCAACUCAACGAGGUCUUACUCCAAAACGAGAAGAGGAUUCUCUCCUCCCUACGCGAGCUGCUCGUAGCCCCAUUCCGGGAGUUCUACGACUUUCUCCAGCGCCUGAAGCUUCCCGCCAACUCGGUAAAACUGCCGCCCCCUUCCGGCUGGCCGAACAUGACGCCUGUGGCCUGCGCUGGCCUUGACAAGACGCCAUUCGCGAUCGAUGUCCUGAGACAUCUUCCUUACAUCGACGAAUUGCACGUCAAGUCCAAUGAGACUAAUAUCGACUACAAAUGCAAUGCGGUGGACUAUUCGAAAUUUACUUCUGAUAACUUCAGCACGUACCGCGAGGAGGAAUUCUGGGCUUUGGAGUGGCAGGGAGUAGACGAGGAGGAGCGCAUCUCUGGAAUCAAGCAUGUUGUCAUGAUCGCCGAAGGAUACGAGAGCGGCGGCAUCGUUCUCCUCUUGGACACCUUCACCGGUACCAUCUUUGAGGAGAUAGUGAGGACGGAUUCAGGUGUCAGGCUACCUCCCGAUGAAUACUUUCGGUCGAGGAUGGAGAGACUUCGAAAGCUGGACCAAAUUUUCGUCGCGGGUUUUGACCCUUGGAAGGAAGAUGGGAACAUUUCCAGCGACGAUUUCGAGGCCGCAUAUGACGCCGACCAUAUGGAGAGCCAAGGCGAACCAGUGUGGGCUGAAGGCGAUUUCGACCAAGAUGAAAUGUUCUUGUGGGUGAGGCACUUACAUCGAAAGUUUGGCUGGCCGGGACCUGAUUGGAAGAAAGGGGAGUGCAUGGAGGCUGUUGAGGACUUUGUUCAGCGGCUGCCGAUUUGGUAA